GACACACCAUCCUCUAAUCGUCACUCAUACGUUUCCAGAGAAAGCGGCGCACUCAGUUCAAUAGAAAUAUCUAUAAUUCAACCAAAUACCAAUUCAAACAAAACAUGCAAUGUGUUCAACAUAAGUAUUUGAUAUACAGAUGAGUAAAAAAUCGAAAAAAAAAUCGAAAAAUCAAUUACACAAUAGCAAAAAGGGUCCGGCGCAAUAAUAAGGUUUUUCUAGAUUUUGAUGAUGAACGCCCAACGAACAUAGUGGGGACGAAUUUUUCCGUAGCCGUAACUGCAGUUACAUAGUAUCCGCCUCGAGUCCGGCCUAUACAUAUAUAGGUGGUAUACGUAGUGUGUAUAUAUAUAUAUAUAUAAGGAUAGCGUGACGAACACCGAUUGAGUUGGUUAUCCGCAGAGGUUCCGAGUCUUGUACACCUCGCAGUUAUACUAGAUCAUCGUCUACACUCAAUACCGUAGCCCGACUGGAAUAGUCCCGCAUAGUAAUUUCUUAGUAAUUUGUGUCGUGCACCGUCCAGAACCAACAGAACGCAAUGGAAACAGCCGGUGGCAUAGCCGAAACAUUUAGAAACGGGACGUUCUUAAUUACCGGGAGUACGGGAUUUUUGGGGAAAAUACUCACGGAAAAAUUACUCAGGUCUUGUCCCGUGAAAACUAUCGCGAUUCUCGUUAGGAGUAAAAAAGGCUUCAACGCUAGUCAGAGGGUUGCCGAUAUAUAUAAACAAGCUCUUUUCGACCGACUUCGUAAUGAAAAGCCCGAUUUUAUGAAAAAUAUUAAAGUAAUUGAUGGAAAUAUCGAAGAAGAAUUGUUGGGUUUAUCGAUGUCAGACCGUAACUGGAUUUUUGAAAAUGUGAAUUUUGUUUUUCAUUGUGCAGCAACAAUCAAAUUCAACGAAGCGCUCGAGUUGGCGACUAAAAUAAACAUCCAAGGGACGGAUAACCUUUUGACAUUAGCUGCGCAGAUGAAAAAUCUUAAGGGUUUUGUGCACGUUUCAACCGCAUAUUCGCACUGUCCCAGGAAUGAGAUCAGAGAACAAUAUUAUCGGACUCCGGUUACGGCCAAGGAGCUAAAAAAUAUGCUGGGGACAGACGAUCUGUCCGAAUCUAAAAUUUUAGAAGAUUGGCCAAACACGUACACUCUUACAAAAGCAAUCACGGAAGACUUGAUAUCAACAAACGAAAACCACUUGCCUGUUUCCAUUUUUCGUCCAUCGAUUAUUGGAUGCACGAAAUCUGAACCGGAACCAGGAUGGUUAGAAAACAUGAACGGGCCAACAGGAAUAUUAACCGGUGUCAUGGUAGGAUUUUUGAGAACGCUCCAAAUUUCCACGGACAAAGUAACUGAUAUAAUCCCAGCGGAUUAUACUGCAAACGCACUGAUCAGUGUUAUGUGGGAUACAAUUUGUAGACAUCAAGACUGCGGAAAUCACACUAGCGAACAACCAAAAAUCUAUAAUUACGUUUCAAGUACGGAAAGCCCGUUGACUUGGGAUGAAUAUAUUAGAGGAAUGACCGAGCAUUACUAUGUGUCACCUCCCUUGCGGUCAAUGUGGUACGGGUUUUAUCUUAUGUACACAAACUUGUGGAUUGGCAUGAUUUUGAAAUUUUUCCUACACCGGAUACCAGCUGCAUUUAUGGACUUUUUAUUAAUCAUAACCGGAAAAAGUCCCAAAAUGUUGAAAAUGUAUGCGAAGACAGAAUUCAUGACGGGUUUACUUCGGGUGUUUACUACGAAGCAAUGGAAAUUCGAUAACAGCAAUAUCGUCGAAUUGUUAUCGUCACUAAGUAUAGAAGACCGCGACCAAUUUGAGUUUAGUAUGGACAAUUUCGACUGGAAAUCAUACAUUAAAAGCUAUUAYUACGGGAUCAGAAAACAUAUACUACACGAAGAAUUGAGUAACCUCGAAAAAGCGCUAUCUAAAAACUGGAAGUUAUUCUGGCUGCAUAAACUGUUUAUCGUCCUUUUUUUCUACUCCAUAUUGCAAUUGUGUUGGAUGUGUAUGAGAUAUAUAUGUUCAUUUUAAAUUAAAUACAGUAAUAAUUAUAUUAUGAAUGUAUAAACUAUAUAAUCAUCGGCCAGCCAUAUGAUUGCGAAGUGAUAAAUUAUAAAUAAUAUUAAUUGUAAUGUUAGAAAUAUAGAUCAUAUUUUUUUAAGAAAACAUCAAUA